AGCAUCCUAUUAGACAGCGUCUAUCACAAACAAGUGGCUCUGUUCCUGUUCCUGUUCCUGUCUUUGUUCUUCUGUUCCAUCAUUCUCAUUCUCUCACUCAUUCUUUCUCUAUUUCCCUCAUUCUCUUAUUUUUUAUAUUUUAAGAUUUCUAAAAAUCAGCCAAAAAUGACCAUGAUUAGUCUCCAGGGAACAUUGACUGUGUAUAAUCCACAGACACGUCUAACCUAUUUCGAAUCAGGGCCUGAAAACUCGACUAGUUCAGUGGUGUUUAUAGCGGGCUUAUUGGAUGGAUAUAAUGCUUUACCGUAUUUGCCAAUGUUGAGUCAAGUAUUAGCUAAUUUAGGCUUUUCAUUGAUCCAAGUGAUGUUGUCGAGUAGUCAUUUGGGCUAUGGCAUCUCUUCAUUACAAGAUGAUGUCAAGGAAUUAGAUGUUCUCUUCAAAUUUUUAAGAGAGGAACGAGGCAAGAGUCGGUUGUUUCUGGUGGGACAUUCAACAGGAUGUCAGGAUGCAAUCUCCUAUGCGACCUAUGGACUUCAUCGAUCUGUUAUCUUAGGAAUGAUCCUUCAAGGGCCUGUCUCGGAUAGAGAGUUUAUGCAGGAUUCGAUGGAAAUGUAUGGAAAAUAUUUACGACUCGCACAGAGGAUGAUUAAUGAUGGCAAGGGUCAGGAACUCAUGGUUCGGGAAGUAGAUGUGGCACCAGUAACAGCUUAUCGGUUUAACUCACUAGCAUCAGCUGGGGGUGACGAUGACAUGUUCAGUUCUGAUAUUCCAUUUGAAAAGAUGCAGAUAAUUUUUGGUCAGGUCAAGAUUCCGUUGAUCAUGGUCCACUCUGGCAAGGAUGAAUAUAUUCCUGCUCAUGUGGAUAAGCAACGGUUAGUAGCACAAUUAUCCGCUGCUUGUGGACAGGCUUCCAUGGGCGCAGUUGUUCUACCAGAUGCAAACCAUGCUAUUUCAGAUCAAGCCUCUCAAAUCAAAUUCUGUGAAGUCGUCAUUCAGUUCAUCCAACAGAUCUUGGAACAGACUGAACGACAUGAAUUAUCGCAGCAACAAAGUUUUCAUGGCCUCUCAAUCUGA